AUGUAUCCACAUCCUCCUCCAUGGAUGUCAUAUACACCACCUUAUACGAUGAAGCGACAAGGAUCAAAAGUGCCAUUGGUUCCCAUUCCAAAGUUGAAACCACGGGCAGUAGCGUCAGUGCCUAAAAGUAGCAAGAAAGUGCAGAAAAAGAAGAGUGAGGUUGGUUCCUUUAUUGAAAGUGAGAUAUGGAGGUAUGAGAGGGAAACAUUUAUGAGUGCAACAGGUUAUUUUGGGAAAUACGGUGGAAAAUAUUAUAGCUCACAUUGUGGUCAGGGAGGUCAGGGUGAAAGUAAUCAACAAAAUACCAAUAAAGCAGCAGAUGAGUUUGUUCACGUGAGCAAUGGUAGUGAUUCUCCGGCAGCCUCUUUGUGCAUCCCGAGGAUUAAUAAACUUGUUGAGAUUUAUGGGAACUCGACAAUUCAGUUUGUAUUGGCAAGUGAGAAAGCCAUGUCAUCUCAUGGAAGUGCUGAUAAGAAAAAUAGAGAGGCAGACCUCGCAAUUCCUGGGAGAUUUAGACCCUGCUAUCCCACGAAUCCAUCCUCGCCAUUAUCGAAGUCUUUCAACAGGACAAAGGACUCUUGGAUCCGAAGAGAAGAAAAAUGUAAAGUUAACUAUACAGCAAAAUAG